AUGUUGUCAAACUUCAUCACGGAUACUGUAAUAAAUGAUGGUUAUAUGGAACAUAUUCUAUGUUGUGGAAAAGAAUGUCGAGACAUAAAUGAACGACAUCGACCAAUACCAAUCUAUGGCUAUUUACAUUCACCAAUGACUACUUUUCAUGAUCAUUAUAAUCCCUUUCUAAUCACUGGUAGCUUUGCUGAAAGCUUAAGCGUACCACCAAUAUUCGGUACUAAAUGUACAAUGGAUAUAUCUGAUUGUGAUCUCAUGUAUGUAAUACCAUUUUUAACAUGUGAUUUAAGGCCUACACGUCGUAAAACAACAUUACUAGUAAAUACUCAGCAGAUGCACAGUGGAUAUUGUAAUUUAAUAGUAGAUCUAAAUACCACCAAUAUCAAAAUGAUCCCAUUUGAAUCAAUGUCAGAUUUAACUUUACAAUCACAUCAAUACGAAACUGAUCGAACCGUCUAUUUUCUUCCAUCGUCACCGUUGCCUCAAUCAUGGCUAUCAAUUAUUGAAAACCAAAAUGCGGAAAGGCAUGGACCAGCACAGCAAAUAAAUACACAGUACAUAACAUCAGGACUGAAAGCAAUAUAUUCAAAAGAUUUUGUUGUUGCGUUACAUUGUGUUUCAUGGCCGAUUCAAGAAUGGAUUGAACGUCCACGUUCAAAUGACUGGCCAAGUGUGGCUACUAUUCGAGAGAUUGCUAAAAAUGGUUGUCAUUUAGUUCCAGUAGCUCAUGCAACAAGCCUUAAGCCUGAUAUUGAGUGGCGCUUUUCCUUUUCAUUUGCUGAACUAGUACUUGCAAAUGAAUUGUCUUAUUACACUCGAAAAACCUACCUCAUAUUCAAAUUACUGUGUAAAAAGUAUUUGGAAAACUAUUUUCCGUUGAAAACCUAUCACUUGAAAACUGUACUGUUCUGGUGUUGUGAAGAGUAUUCAACAUUAUUUAUUGAUGACAAACAGAAGCUCACAGUUAAAAUUGAUAAUAUUGCUGAAAAAUUAGAUAAACUAAUUGAAAGAUUAUUGAAUUCCAUAUGGGAACAAGAAUUGCCUAGUUAUUUCAUUCGGACGAAUAACUUGUUUGAUUCGAUUGAUACCGAGUAUUUUUCGACAUCGCAGAUAGCAAUCAUUGUGGAAAAAAUAAAAUAUUUGAGACAAAAUCCAAUGGAAAUUUUAUUUGAAAUUGUUUUAGAACAUAACAAACUAGAUUAUUGCUUACCGUUGUCUUUUAAUAUCCGACACAUAUUCGAGCCGGUAUUGAAACACUUCUCUACGGAAGUCGAUGAUAAAACAUUAAAGCACGAUUGUGAGAUGGCCAUCGAAAAACUUUCUAUCAGUCUUUUUCUAGAAGGCAAAGCGUAUGCUGGAAGAAAACUAUUACAAACAAUAUGGUAUAAGUAUCUAGAAUGCUUACCAAUCAAUGAUGCUGAAAUAGCGGAUUUAAUAACAGAGCAUGGUUAUUAUUUGCUUGUUGAUAAUCAAUAUCAGGAAUUACUAUUGGAUAGAAUGAUAGAUGUGCAAGAAGAAUUACUCAACUAUUUCACACCCACCAGUGAUGAAAAAUGUUCAAGUCAAAAUAUCGUUUUAUUGAGAUCGUUAGGCUGCCUGCAUUAUAUCAAAUCAUUUAGCAGUAAUGAAGAAAAUGGAGAUAUUGAAUCAACGUACUUUCGUAAAUCAUUAGAUGAUUCUCUGAUAACAACGAUUGAUUCACAAGUACAACAAAUACGAUCUUAUUUAGCCUAUGGAAUUUAUUUAGGUCAAUCGCAACGUUAUGAAGAAGUAUUGGCCUUACUUGAAGUUGCCAUUAGUAUCAAAUAUCCUGCAUUCAACAAUGAUUUUAUUACAAUCUACUCUCUCCAUAAAGCAAUGCAUCCUAAAGACAUUCAGCAUUUGUUGUACAUUUAUAAUGCUAUCAAUGUAUCAACGAAAACAUACAUAUUCUAUCUUUUAUGCCGAUUUUAUAAACUUACGGGCCGAUAUGAUAAAGGAUGUCAUGCACUAAUAGAUCUGGUGCAACAUAUUCAUGAAGUUAAAGAUAUUCAUAUUGGUACAUAUCUUACAGGACACUUAUGUCUUCUGUAUGACCAGAUAGAAGUAGCUUAUGAAUGUUUUAUUAUUAAUCUACGGAUGGAAUUCGGAUUAAAUUCGAUAUUUGAACCGAGUAAAACAAUGGCUAUAUUCAAAGCUAGCCUUGUUAUCACAACUUUUAUUCAACUGAACGUGCAAUCAUGUGUUAUUUCAACAACUGUUCAAGCAACACUUAAAAAUCCUAAAUGGUGUUAUUAUCAUGAUCUUACUAAUAGUAUUUUGGUUUUUCUCAAGGAUUUGCAUCAGCGUGUUCUUCAUGUAGCUUAUCAUGCAUCAGAACAUAUGUCAAUAGAUUUUCAAGAAAAAUUUCAUUCGAAAGUUGCUCCUGGCCUUCUCUCAAUGGUUGAUGCUGAUGAAAAUCCACCUCAAAUUAUUGAAAAAUUCGAACAAUUUUUAAGUCGAAAAUAUCAAGAACUAGAUUUUGAGCGAGUUGUAAUAAUAAUUUCAGCUAUUGCUGAUACAACUGGUCAAGAGUUUUCACCUUAUUAUGAUACAUUUAUGCCGAAAUUAAAAUAUUUAUUUAAAAUUGCAAUUACAUCGGAUUACCGAAUGUUAAGUGGUAAAAUAAUGGAAUGUAUUAGUCUAAUCGGUUUAGCUGUGGGCAAAGAAAAAUUUAUCUACGAUUGUGAUGAAGUAAUGCAAGAAGUAUUUAAAGCACAAGUUGAUUUUGAAAAUGAUGAUCCACGAAUUUCAUAUUUCAUUGGCGCCUGGACACGUAUAUGUAAAAUAUUGGGCAAACAGUUUGAACAAUAUUUACCAGUUGUUAUGAAACCUGUUCUUAAAAUAGCAGCAUUUAAACCUGAAGUAAUUUUACUUGAUGGUAGUAAUAUUGGUAUUGAAGAAGAUUCUAAUUGGAAAGUACUUCAUGUUGGUGAUCGAACUUACGGAAUAAAAACAACAGGUCUGGAAGAAAAAGCAGCUGCUUGUUCAUUACUGGUUUGGUUUGCUAAAGAAUUAAAAGAGAAUUUUGUUAAUUAUGUUGAAGAAACAACAAAGUUAAUGGUUUCACUUCUUCAAUUUUAUUUACAUGAAGGUGUUCGUGAAACAGCUGGUGAAUCUUUAUCACAUUUACUUGUUUGUGCAAAAUUACGCGGCGAUGAUUAUGUUCGACAAAUGUGGAAAUAUAUGAAGAAAGAAUUAUUUGAAGUACCCGGAGAAUUAUUUACAUCAUUGGGCAAAUGUAUCGAAACAUUAGGUGUAUCAAGUUUAACAGCGAAUGAACUAAAAAAGUUAACAACUAUUCUUGAUAGCCAUUUAAAAACGCACUUUGAACGGACUGAGAUACGAUACAAUGACGAUCAUAUUGAACAAGAUGAUUUUGAUGCAUAA